UCUCUGCCAAUCCCUCCACUGACUUCCAUUCAGUGUCCUCCACCCCUCUCUGCCAAUCCCUCCACUGGCCUACACUCAGUGUCCUCCACCCCUCUCCGCCAAUCCCUCCACUGACUUCCAUUCAAUGUCCUCCACCCCUCUCUGCCAAUCCCUCCACUGGCCUCCACUCAGUGUCCUCCACCCCCCUCUGCCAAUCCCUCCACAGACUUCCAUUCAAUGUCCUCCACCCCUCUCUGCCAAUCCCUCCACUGGCCUCCACUCAUGUCCUCCACCCCUCUCUGCCAAUCCCUCCACUGGCCUCCACUCAGUGUCCUCCAUCCCUCUCUGCCAAUCCCUCCACUGGCCUCCAUUCUGUGUCCUCCUUCCCUCUCUUCCAAUCCCUCCACUGGCCUCCACUCAGUGUCCUCCAUCCCUCUCUGCCAAUCCCUCCACUGGCCUCCAUUCUGUGUCCUCCUUCCCUCUCUUCCAAUCCCUCCACUGGCCUCCACUCAGUGUCCUCCACCCCUCUCCGCCAAUCCCUCCACUGACUUCCAUUCAAUGUCCUCCACCCCUCUCUGCCAAUCCCUCCACUGGCCUCCACUCAGUGUCCUCCACCCCUCUCUGCCAAUCCCUCCACAGACUUCCAUUCAAUGUCCUCCAUCCCUCUCUGCCAAUCCCUCCACUGGCCUCCACUCAGUGUCCUCCACAUCUCUCCGCCAAUCCCUCCACAGACUUCCAUUCAAUGUCCUCCACCCCUCUCUGCCAAUCCCUCCACUGGCCUCCACUCAGUGUCCUCCACCCCUCUCUGCCAAUCCCUCCACAGACUUCCAUUCAAUGUCCUCCACCCCUCUCUGCCAAUCCCUCCACUGGCCUCCACUCAGUGUCC